CGUGCACACACACACACACACACACACACACACACACACACACGCACGCACAAAGCUCUCUCGCCUUGAGCGCACUAACGUGGUCGCUUUCUUUGUGUGAAGCCCUUGACUGGGGUUGGGACUCCGGUCCUGUCCCAGGGAGAUGGCGCAGCCCAUCUUGGGCCAUGGGAGCCUACAGCCUGCUUCAGCUGCUGGCUUGGCAUCCCUGGAGCUCGACUCAUCGAUGGACCAGUAUGUACAGAUUCGUAUCUUCAAAAUCAUCGUGAUUGGGGACUCCAACGUGGGCAAGACCUGCCUGACUUUCCGCUUCUGCGGGGGUACUUUCCCAGAGAAGACUGAGGCCACUAUCGGUGUGGACUUCAGGGAGAAGACCGUGGAAAUCGAGGGCGAGAAGAUCAAGGUUCAGGUGUGGGACACAGCAGGACAGGAACGCUUCCGUAAAAGCAUGGUGGAGCACUACUACCGCAAUGUGCAUGCCGUGGUCUUUGUCUAUGACGUCACCAAGAUGACCUCCUUCACCAACUUAAAAAUGUGGAUCCAAGAAUGCAAUGGGCAUGCUGUGCCCCCACUAGUCCCAAAGGUGCUUGUGGGUAACAAGUGUGACUUGAGGGAACAGAUCCAGGUACCCUCCAACUUAGCCCUGAAAUUUGCUGAUGCCCACAACAUGCUCUUGUUUGAGACAUCAGCCAAGGACCCCAAAGAAAGUCAGAAUGUGGAGUCAAUUUUCAUGUGCCUGGCUUGCCGACUGAAGGCUCAGAAAUCCCUCUUGUAUCGUGAUGCUGAGAGGCAGCAAGGCAAGGUGCAGAAACUGGAGUUCCCACAGGAAGCUAACAGUAAAGCUUCCUGUCCUUGUUGAAACCAAAUAGUGUAAAUACAAGAGAAUUAGCAUUGGAGUUUUUUUCUUUCCCUUUUUUCUGUGCCUGCAUAAUGCUGACACUUGCUUGUUUCCAUACAAACUGAUAUCAAAAUAAACUUUG